ACAAAUCAUUUUUGUAGUAUUAUAAAGCAACCAAGAACAGCAUGUGUGACAUAGAGGGUUUGUUUGGUUGUGCAAAUCCAGAUGUGUAUUCCCUCUUCUGCUUCAUUCCUUCACACUCCUCUGUGCACACCUCAAUACUCACCAUUCACCAUUGAGGACAGAAGAAGAAGAAGAAGAAUUGCAGCCCUUUGAUCUGAGCUAAACAUCAGAAUCUUGAAUGCUUCUUUUUCAGCCCCUAGAGUUUAAGAAAACAAGAGAAUAAUAUGAAGUCAAGGGGGGUUACUAAUGGGAGAUUGGAGGAGGGGAAUGACACUUCUCUAAAACCAGCAACUCAAAGUAGGCCUUCACCAUUAAGGUUGCUGAAAUUUCUCCUAACUUUUCUGGGUUUGGGUUGUGUGUUUUCAGUGAUCAGUAUGUACACAGUUCAGCAUUUCAAAAUGCAGCAGUUAGUUAUCCCUAAGGGGGGAACAUGGAUUCAAACUUGUUCUCGGGGAAUCGGUAGCUUGGAGGAUUGGAUCUUACCCCCAUCAAAACUGUCACAUAACUUGAACGACACUGAGCUGUUUUGGCGAGCAACGUUUGUUCCUAGGAUAAUAAGUUAUCCUUUUAGCAGAAAACCCAAGAUUGCUUUCAUGUACUUAGCCAUGGGGUCUCUGCCUUUGGCCCCUUUGUGGGAGAGGUUUUUCAAGGGGAAUCAAGGGCUCUAUUCAAUCUACAUUCACUCACUGCCUUCGUAUACUCCUGAUUACAAACCAUCAUCCGUGUUUUACAACAGGCAAAUACCUAGUCAGAAGGUAGAGUGGGGAACCAUGAACAUGUGUGAUGCUGAAAGGCGGCUUCUAGCAAAUGCCCUGCUUGAUCAAUCCAAUGAAUGGUUUAUCCUCCUCUCUGAAUCAUGCAUCCCUCUCCACAACUUCACCACUAUCUAUGACUACAUCUCAACAUCUCACCACAGCUUCGUGAGCGUGUUUGAUGAUCCCGGGCCUUAUGGCAGAGGGCGCUACAGCAGCAACAUGUCACCCGAGAUCACCAUUGAUCAGUGGCGAAAAGGAUCGCAGUGGUUCGAAGUCGACAGAAAACUGGCAGUGGAGAUUGUCAGAGACAAUGUUUACUACCCAAAAUUUGAGCAGUUCUGCAGGCCAGCUUGUUAUUCAGAUGAGCAUUACAUUCCAACCAUGCUAAGUAUUCAGUUCCCUUCUCUGCUGGCAAACCGGACUCUUACUUGGACCGACUGGUCUAGAGGUGGCUCUCAUCCUGCAACAUUUGGAGAAGAUGACAUUACCAAGGAGUUCUUCAAGGGAUUCUCUAAUGAGGGUUGUGAAUACAAUAACCACACAACUAACCUUUGCUCCCUUUUCGCGAGGAAAUUCGCUCCUGGUGCUUUGAAUAACUUGUUAAAAACACUUGACUUCUAAUAUUUGAUUGCAUUUUGAUCUCAUAAACAUGUUUUAUUCUCUAGAAUGUAAUGAUAGACUAUUAUAAUACACAUAAGUUAGGC